UCGAGUACUUUGUAGUUUAACUGUAAAGCUCUAACUAAAGAUUUAAGCUCAACUUCACUUUGUCGUAAUUAAGAAUAUUCAUUAUCCGGGAAUUAUUAUUCAUCAAACAUGACAGCUGAUCAUCAGCAUUAAACGUCCCAAUGAAACGUCCUAUUCUAUACCUUUCUCGUUUAAAUCUUGUUGUCUACUGGUUGGUGAGAAACCUACUCGCUGGUGAACCUUUUUAUACUACACCCUGUACUGGCACACACCAACCUGCAUUGUAAAUAAAUAUAGUCAACCCAUGACUAAUUCCGCGGUUUCGGUUGAUCCAACACUGAAACCAAAUAAGAUUUUUGCCAAUUACUUUUGGGGACCUAAUGACGAAGGAUUCACAGCUCUCACUUCUCGAUUUAGCGAGGCAAAACAAAUAAAUGAAGAGUUGCGGUUAUAUUUUCGCGAAAGGGCUUCCAUCGAGGAAGAGUACGCCCGGAAGCUUUCGAAGCUUACCAAAAUGAAUUUGGGUUCAAAUGAAACAGGCUCUCUUCGAGAUGCCAUGUUUCAGUUGAAAGAGGAAACCGGUGCUAUGUCCAAGUUACAUUUUGAUUUGGCCUCGUAUAUGCAGGACGAUCUUGAAGGCGCUAUUUCCCGGUUUGCUAGCAAUUUGAAGGAGAAGAAAAGAAAUAUUAUCGGCAUGAUUGACAAGAGUCAUAAAGUUAAGGUUGCUCAAACACAGGCCGUCAUCAAGGCGCAGGAACGCUAUGAGUAUUACUGCAAGCGAAUUAAUUACUAUGUGUCUCAACAGAAUUUGCUUGUAGGAAAGGAUCUCGAAAAGAACAACAACAAAUUAAGCAAAACACAGCAACUUGUUACCACAAGUGCUCGUGAUUAUAAGGCGGCUGUUGAAGGAUUAAAGGAUAUAAACAGAUCCUGGAUUGAGGAAUGGCAUGAAACAUGUGACAAAAUGCAAGACAUCGAAGAAAACAGAAGAGAUUAUUUGAAGAGUCUGCUCUGGAAAUAUUGCAGCAUUGUCUCAAAAGGCUUUUCUACCGGUGAAGAAUCCGCGGAGCGUUUGCGUCAACGUAUCGAAUGUUGCAAUGUGCUUAACGACAUUGAAUGCUUUAUUGACGAGCGUGGAACAGGAAGCGGCAUUCCUCAGGCACUCAAGUUUUACGAUUAUUACAAGGGUGAGGCACCAGAUGGAAACGUGGAAGUCGUACAGGCUGCAUUCACCCGCGAAACUAGCAAUGUUGUUAAUGAUAAAGUGCCACUCAAUCGUCAAUACACGCUGUCAAACCCGACAACCCCCAAUUUCUCUAACACAGUCAAUACUGGUUCACCUUUAAGCGAUGCAUCAAAUUCUGAUGUUGUGAAAUCAAGACCAGUGUCAAAGUCUCCCACAAAACGAUUCUUUGAUCGGUUUGCGCAUCCUUCCCGCAGCACCAAUAGAAGUACUACCAGUUUGGGCAUUACGAAGCCACAAGGUCUCUCAGUAAAGGAAUCUCUAUCUGCUGCUGCUAUCGAACAAUCGAUGUCAAAUCUUAAGAUGGACAAUACCCCACGCGUGUCUGGACGUUCCACUGUGAAUUCUCUCCAUUCAGCACCUUCCAAUUCACAGUCACCUUCUCGCUCACCAACUCGUUCUUCAGUUAAUACAAAUGGUCGCAAUACUGUCCAAAGUGAUACCCGGCCGGAUCGUGCUCAUUCUAGCAGUAGCGCACGAGUGCAAACGGCGCAAUCAUACAUAAACAGGAAACAACAACUGCAAGAGGAGUUUGGUAGUGUGCUAGAGAUGGAAAAUCGUGCUGCUUCUCCUAUGUACUAUAACUCACAAGGAAUGCCAGAGUAUCGCUCUUCAACUUCACAGCGAAACUCCGUGUUGAAUACCGAACAACAUUCACGAACAACUUCUUCAGUAUCCGCACAUGAAGAUAUCCCUCGUUCAUUAACACCAGGACUUGUUGAACCACGCUAUGACUUUGGUAUAAAGGUCAGUGCAGCUCAUUCUCCUGUCCACAACUAUUACGAUGAUGAUGAUAAUGAUGAUACUCCUGCAUAUCAAGACCAAGCUAUGAACGUUUUUCCAAAAUAUAACGAAGAAACAAAUAAAACUCCUAACCAUACGGAGCAAGUUCCCGCUCCAAAAUACGAAAGGUUCGAUGGAACCGCUAAAACUACUGAUGGCUUGCCAAUUAUUGGUUAUGUCCAUGCUCUGUACAGUUAUACCGCAGCUAUUCCAGAAGAAAUCAGUUUCCAAAAAGGCGAUACUCUGGCCGUGCUCAAAGUGUAUGAUGACGGUUGGUGGGAAGGAUUUGUCGUUGGCGAAGACGACCAUAAUCGUGGUCAGUUUCCUUCAAAUUUUGUUAAAGAGGUAAAUGUUUAAGCUUUAUUCUGCUCCAAAAACCUAUUUUGAAGGAUCAUAUUUUAUCUUGUUCUUUUUGUUACACGACUAUCUAUUAUUUGUUCAUUGCAUACCAUCUGCUGCAUUGUCUUUACUUUGAUGAUUAAUUCAAUACGAUUCGUUUCUCGUCUUCUUGCUCCAAUUUGCAACACAUCAUCCAAUUAAAUACCGUUUCCCCUUUAUUUAUAAUAAUCGGAGCGAUACACAGUUAUUGAGCCAUCUUGUUUAUUAAUAAUAUAAACU